AUGAAACAAAUUAAAAUGACAUUGAAACAACACCUAAUACAAUUUAUGAAAAAAGUCUUUUAUCAUGCUUCUAAUAAUGAACCAUAUUCAAUUGCAUUCAUAGAUUCUCUAUCAAUAUACUUUGAUACAAUACAAAAUUAUGUUGAAUUAACAUGUCAAUUUUCAACAGGUGAUAUACAUGAUAAAGCAUCAUUUCUUAGUUGUGAAACAGAUCAAAUAAUGUCAUGUUGUACAUUAUCGAGAACAGUAUUAUCAAUAAUUGAAUAUCUUUAUCAACGACAUGGUUUAACUAUAUCAAAUAUAUUAUAA